AUGGCAGUUCCAGUGAUUGAUUUUUCAAAGCUGAAUGGGGAAGAAAGAGCCAAAACUAUGGCUCAGAUUGAUAAUGGGUGUGAAGAGUGGGGAUUUUUUCAGUUGAUCAACCAUGGCAUUCCAGAGGAACUCCUUGAGAGGGUGAAAAAGGUUUCCUCUGAGUUCUAUAAGCUGGAAAGAGAGGAGAAUUUCAAGAACUCGACAUCAUUGAAGCUACAAAAUGAUUUAGUCGAAAAGAAGGGUAGUGAAAAGCUGGAGCAUUCGGAUUGGGAGGAUGUUAUCACUCUUCUUGAUGAUAACGAGUGGCCAGAAAGAACACCAGGCUUCAGGGAAACCAUGGCGGAAUAUCGGUCUGACUUAAAGAAAUUGGCAGAGAGAGUGAUGGAGGUGAUGGAUGAGAAUCUGGGCUUACCCAAAGGAUACAUCAAGAAGGCACUGAACGGUGGAGAUGGAGGAGACAGUGCCUUCUUUGGCACCAAGGUGAGCCACUACCCUCCCUGUCCCCAUCCAGAGCUUGUGAAAGGUCUGCGGGCUCACACUGAUGCAGGAGGUGUCAUCCUACUCUUCCAAGAUGACAACGUUGGUGGCCUCCAGAUGCUCAAAGAUGGGCAAUGGAUUGAUGUGCAACCUCUGCCAAAUGCCAUCGUGAUCAACACUGGUGAUCAGAUUGAAGUCCUGAGCAAUGGUAGAUACAAGAGUUGUUGGCACAGGGUUCUGGCCACUCCAGAUGGGAACAGAAGAUCAAUUGCCUCCUUCUACAACCCAUCAUUCAAGGCCACCAUAUGUCCUGCACCACAGCUCGUGGAAAAAGAAGACCAAGAAGUCGAUGACACUUAUCCUAAGUUUGUUUUUGGUGACUACAUGUCUGUCUAUGCUGAGCAGAAGUUCCUUCCAAAGGAACCAAGGUUCCGAGCUGUUAGGGCCAUGUGA